GAAGGAUGAGCAAUUUGUUUCCUACAUUUCGGUUAAUUUGAGGUGGGAAGAUCCUGGCAUUUCUUGGGAUCGUGAUGAUUUCUGUGGUAUUAGGAGGAUUUAUCCUCCUCCGAGUGUAUUGUGGACGCCAGAUAUAGCUAUUGAAGAGAUGAUAGAGAGUAAUAAGGUUGAGAGUCCUCAUGUCACCCUUGACUUUGACGGAGGGGUCUCUCUUUGGACCGACAUGGUGGUGGUCAGCACCUGCGCGAUGGAAGUUUACAAAUUUCCCUUCGAAGUUCAGAGCUGCAAACUAACUUUCAAGUCCACCAUACUCACUGAGGAUGAAAUGAGGCUUAUUUAUUUUGAUGACACCAAAUGGAGAAUUGAGUGGUCUCUCAAGAAGAUGACCCAGUCAGAGUGGCUGCUCACCAACCUGACCAUGAGUAAAGAAAUUGUCGACAAUUUUUACUCUGAUCUACCUGUGGUGGUUUACACU